AUGGCGUUUUUGAGUGGAGUGCUUGGUGCGGUGAAGGACGAAAAUGAAGUGACAACUUAUGAUAAAAACAUCACUGAUCCUGAGAAAAAGCUUCAAAAAGUACUAGACACCUUAACUAAAAAUAUUGGCUCCGGGCGUGCUGGGCUUGCGGCGUCUGUCGACGCGGUGAAGAGGUGGUUGGAGGGGUAUGGAGAGAAAUUAGAUGAAAAAACGAAAAAUGUUAUCGAUAAAAUAAAUUUAAUAUUUCAUAAAACACACGAAAAUACAAUGAUUAUAGAAAAUUUUAAAGAUGAUGGUUUAGCUGCGAUGAACAAUAAAUUUGGUGAGUUGAUGAGGGACACCAUGUUAGUCGUUGGCAGUCUCACUGGAAAAGGAAAAUCAAUUAACGAUGUUGACAAAGCAUUGAGAGACAAAUUGGCGACGCCAGUUGGCAAGAUACAGAGUGCUGUGGAUUUGUUGGAGAAGUCGGCGGAAAAUCCGCAAUUCUCUGAACAGGGUAAGGUGGUAGAUUAUCAAAUAAAAAACCAGGCGGAACUGAUGAAGCGAGAAAUAGAGGUGAAGUGUGAAGAAGUUGGAAUCACACUAGGUAACAAAUUAAAUGAAAUUGAUAGUAAAAUUGAAGCCAUUGAAGCAAUGGAAGCCGGUAAAUUGAAGAUUUUGUUGGAAUCUGUUAAAUCAUUAGUUGAGGUCGUAAAAAUAGCUGAAGAAGCGGCCGUAAGUUUGGAGAGUCAGUAUGUGGAGCAUAUUGUUGGGAGCGUGAAAGACAUUCAUAUGCGGGUUAAUCACCUUGAUACGAAGGAUAUUGCUGGUGGGUUACAAGAAGUUCACGCUGAGGUUGCUAAGCAGUUAGAUGUGCUUCAGAUUAAGUUGUCGGAACUACAAACUGUUCACGGAGAGAUUGAGAAGCAGGUCGACAGCGGUUUUACCAAAAUUAAGACAGAUUCGGAUAAUAAGAUAGUUCACCUUAAGCGACAAAUUAAGAAAGCAAUAGAGGAAUAUGUUAAUACCGAGUUGGGAAAAAAGGUCAAGAAUAACUUAGAUAUGAUGUGUGAUCUUAUAACCAAACGGAAUGCAAUUGAAGGAGAACCUGGAGACCUAGAUAAAAUUGUUGACGGUGUUAAUAAGUAUGCGGAGAGAUUCGUAAAUUUUAGUGAAAAUGUGAAAGGAUGGAUCCAAAGUAUUUUGGAGAGUGCAUCUGGAGUCAAGGGAUGGUUUGGAGAGUACUUGAAGGAGAAUAAGAAAAAUAGUGUCCAAUUUAAACCGGAUAUUAUAGAUACGAGUAACAGUGUAAUUAGACCAGGAAAAGCUGGUGAAAUCGCAGAGGCAGUUAGGAACGCCUUACAAAAUAAGCUUAGCAUCCGAAUGAAUGGCGCCACUGUCAAGCCUGGUGAAAGCAACGUGCAAGGCAAUAUUGAAUCCAUUCACAAAAGUAUCACAUUGUUUGUGAAUGAUUUGGAAAGAAAGAUCACGAAGCAGGAAAUUACACAUACUGAUGGACCCAAUACGGUGGUCUCCACUAUUGUCGCGGCUAUUGAAGGUGUAGUGGUGCAAGCAGGAAGUACAGAUAAGAAGUACGGAAAUUAUUUUCUCAGACGCGCCGUCAAAAGUAUUUUAGAAGCACUAAACUCAACCGCCAUUCAGUUAGCUAAGGAACUGGAAACGUUUGCCCUCGGAUACAAACUAGGCGACAAUUUGACUGCGGCGAUAAACAGAGUUAAAAACCUCGGAGGUAGAAUAGAGAGAGAGCUAAUCUCCGAUCACUUGUUACCAGGGCAGCUUGGUACCAUCAUCAACGAAGGAGUCGGCAGUAAGGCUGCAGGUGUUGACUUCAAAACUCCCAUCAACGAACUCCUUAAAGAAGCGGUUCAUGAGGGUAUCGGACUCCUGAAUACCGACUUGAAAAGGUACAUCACUUCGCAAUUAAGCGAUAUGGAUGGCAAUAUUAAACGGCAUAUUAAUAGGCUAAGCAAAGAUGCAACUGGAAGAUUGGGGAUGGGUUCUAUUCAAACUCAGAUCACGGAACUGCAGCGUGAAAUCGCAGAACUGCAAGAGGCUGCGGGAGGUCUAAAAAACCACGCUGCUAUUACGAUUAAAAAGCAGGUGACGUCCGUAAAAUAUAACGUUGCCAGUUUGAGAAAGUCAAUCGAGAAAAUUGAUAGAGACAUACAAGCCUUCGAUAAGGAGUUAUUACAAGACCUCCAAGCAUGCAAAUUGGCUGUAAAUCAAACACGGCGUGAAAUGAAAGCGCAGAUUACCAAAGUGAAGGAAGGGCUCACCCAAGUUGCGCAAACAGCCUUCAAUGCUCUCUACUCUGCGGUGAAAAAGAUGUUCGCUGAAGGGCAUAAGGCAAACUUGAAAGCGUUGAAGGAGUUAGUGGACGCACAAAAAGAUGCGAUACAGACCAUCGUAGAUGAAGAUAAAAAAAGCGGUCUCAAAGGGCUGCUACUCGACAUGUACAAAGAGAAAGGAAGUCACAUCAAGAAAUUACAACUUGACAGCGUCAGAGAUAGUGAGCGGUUUGAAAGGUUAUCUGAGACGUUCAACGCAUAUUUAACACUAAUCUUCACGUACAUCACGCAGCAGGUCAAGACUACAUGUACGGCGCCAUCCUCCGCCUCAACCAAAGAGGUAACCAAAUUGCUAAGUAACGUGCAAGGUGCGAUUGACAUUUUGCUAAAAAAUCUGGAAACAUCAAAACACUUCAAUAAGGUAUUCGUGGACGAUCUACAAUCAUUCAUUGUUGCACUUAACAAAUUCAUGCCAUCUCACUUCGCCGGGACGCCCAACCCUAAGCUGCUGGACGUAAUCAAGAAAGGGCUAAAAGAUCUGUAUGAGCAGCUGGAUAGGGCGUACGUAAGUAGGUAUUCUGGUGAUAAGUUGCAGCGUGCGUUGCUUGAAAGGAAGGAGAAUGUUGACGUCAAGAAACCUGUGCCGGUGGCCGUAGAUACCGAUGAUGAUAAGAAAUUAACGAAAUACGGGAAGAAGGUCGCCAGUAUAAUGGUAACAAUAAUUGAAACGUUGCACAAUGACCUCGAUAGGUUGAGAAUAGAUUGCAAAGCAAACCCGCAGUCUACUAUGAAAAUUGCAUCUGGUAAUAAUCUGGGUAGAUGGUUCAGUGAACGGGGUUACACGUUGUGCGCUGAAGACGUGAUGAUGAACGGGGAGUUAAACAAGAAAAAAGGGGUGAACAAUAUUAAUAGCUUACUCAUAGGAGCUGGUAAAAACAUUUACAGGGAUACGUACAAAAACGGUGAGACAACCGUGACGGAUAGACUCAUGACAAAUAUUCAACGCUACUACAACGUCUGUCAUAUGAAGCACAAUGGCUCUCCUAAGUAUCCAUGCUCCGUUAGAGACAUGCUGAUAUGGCUGUGCGGCCUACGUUUCACAGCUGUUUACGAUAAGGUUGAAGCCCAUUGCUCAUCGCUGCAUAAUGAGAAAGACGAGAAAACACAGCAGAUGCCGAAUAGAAAUGACGAAGUAAUGAACAGAAUCCUGUCAUAUGGACUGCCGCAAAAUCUUACCCGUACUUGUUCGUUAGCGUAUACGCUGCUUCUCGAAAUCCAGGGCCACGGCUGCGGUUUCGACCAGGCUGACUAUCCCUACGCCUGUAACUUCAUGGACAACUCGCGUGGUUUCCACUACCCCGAUAGCGUUGGCAGUUUGUUCGAUAUGUUGGCUGACAUUUGUCGACGUCUGCUAUGCUCGCUGUACUUUUUACGUGCACGGUGUAGAUACACUUUAGCGGACGGCAACGGCUGGGCCGACUGCUCUUAUGGCCAACAGGUCCCAUCGGCAAGCUGGCAAUGUAGCAACCACAAAAGCGGCGAAUCAACAAGCGAAGCAACGUGCCAACCAAAUGGCCAACCAAUGUGCCGAUCAACGUGCCAACCAACAUCGCCGCUACAGUGCCAUCUAAUGGACCAGUUACCGGGCUGCUUACCACAUAGAUUGACCAGCGUCGGCUGCAAAUCGGAAUGCAAUACGUGCCCGAAGACAUCUCCUGGACAGCAGUGUGUUACCCCAAUGGGAUUCUGGGACUUGACUCACGCGGCGUCCAAAGGAGGCACUGGCAAAGACAUUUUCGCUGCACUUGAAAAAUUAUGCAAGGACGGUUCUAGCCCCCUAACUGCUCUCUUACGUGACAUUUAUUGCUUGUAUCCACAUCCGCCUAAAUCUCUGGGCGAUAUGUUCACGUUCUUCUGUCAGUUGUUCAGGACAUGGCGAUCGGCUGAUAGCUUGAAGAAGCACAAAUCGGGGUACAUCAACAAUGACAGUUUGUUGGCGAACAUGACAGACAACACUAUAGAUGCUGCCUUUCCAUUGCCAACAUGGUUUCAUAAGAAUUUUAGCAACGCGAAUCUUACUAACGCUAUCACAAAAUUGUAUCAUUCCGAUGAUGAGCACAGACACCCCCUCCCAAAGAAUACUGCGGGUAAAGGUACCGAGAACACCGUCGCCAGUAAUACUGCAACAAGCAUCACUGGAACUAAGGACGCCGCUAACACAAAUACCAGCUGCCACUCUGACCUGGCAAGUUUGACGACAUUAUCGGCUUUGUGCAAGAAUUCACCUGCUUGCUCCCCGUACCUGCAACCGCUGUAUUUCCAUGCCUAUAACACAUAUCCUCAAAAGCACUCGGCAUUGUAUUUGUCGUGGAUUACGUACACCGCAUGGAAUUUUUGGAAUCUGCUCCAAGAGUUGCUGUCUGAAUUCCAAAAGAUAAGCUGCAAACGUUAUGGCUGUGCCUCAUGCAAUUGCCUUACCGGCAAACAUGGUGAGAGAGGAGCCUGUAAAUGCGCUUCACUUGUGCAAUGUGGCAGUGUCGUCUCAACGUUCCAUAAAUAUGGGUUCACAUUUGGAAAAGCCAAAAACUUGAUGAACGCAAAAACGUGCGAUGUGUUCUGUGAACAGCUUCAAAGAGUUCUCAAAUCAGCACACUUCACGCACCUGUUUGAUAUAAUCGAUAAAUUUGUAUUUCAUAUUAGACUCCCCUUCAUCUGGCUGAAUGUCGCCCUCUGGCUCCUCUCUCUCCUCUACCUCCUCCACAUCAUGGUCAUCCGCCUCGAUCUCCUCCACAUCAAAUCGCAUUUGCAUACUCCCUCGAGUCAUCGCAUCGCUGCUCAAUCGCUACUUGCCGCCGCACGUGUUAACAAGCAUAACAGGGUGUUUUACCUGCAGCCGUAA